CACGGCAGCGCUGCGAGCUGAGAAGGCAGCAUGGCGGGGCUCCGGGAUCUUCAACAAGCCAGCCGCUGUCACAGGAAAACAUGGAUUAAUAUCCUACUGGGGAUACUACAACUUCUUUUACCUUGCGUGCAGAACGGAGGGGCUCAGCUGCAAGCCCUGAGUCAAAUGCCCACCAGCGUGGUCGAGGUCUGGCAACCAGAGGAUGCAGACCCACUAGUUCCAGUCCAGGUGGACGAAGAGCAAAGAAAAGAUGGUCUUCCAUUAGAGGAAAGCUCUUCUCAGUAUGCCCGGGAGAGUGGAAGGCCCCUCCAUUUCCAGCCCCCAAUUCUGGAGUUUGGAACGCAGCCACUGGGGCUGCCAAGAGCUGAAACCAUAUAUAUACACAACCCCAGCCAGGAACUCCCUGUGACACUGCUGUCAAUGUUUACAUCAAGCAGGCAUUUUCACAUGCCUUCCUUCCACAGAAGGGUGAUUCCACCACGAGGGAAGGCCUCUUUUAAAGUCAUUUUCCUCCCUUUCGAGGAGGGCAAUGUAGAAAACUCAUUAUUUAUAAACACAUCGGCCCAUGGGUUGUUGUCAUACCAGGUAUUUGGUGUUGGAGUCCACCGCGGCUCAUUAAAGUCUGUCCAAAAAAAGGAUGGUCUGCUUGUAUUCCCUCAUAUCCAGAGUAUUAAGCUAACCCAAACUCAGGAAGAUGCUUCUAACAUCACUAUAUUAGGUCUAGUCCUGGAGUGCAGCCUACCCAAGAGUUUGUUUAGCAGUCCUCAGGGUUCCUGUCUCCAGAGCGAGGAGCGGCUCACUCUGCAGAUUAAUCUGUCGGAGCGCAGCGAGCGGCCUGCUGACCUGGACAAGCUCAAGCCUUACAUCACUGAGCACAUCCUUGUAGUGCUAAUGGCUCCAGCCCCUGGACGGGCCACAUUAGGGGAGCCAAAGAUAGGAGUUUACAUGUUGAAUUCCAGAGGCAAAAAACUCUAUAUAAAGGAUAUGCAGGUACUAUCCAAAGUCGACGCUAGUCUGGAAUUCAGUCAGGUCCUUCUGAGGCCUGAAGCAAAAAACUUGACGCAGGUGGCUACCUUAGCCUGCAGAGGUUCAUUGCUUGGCCAGGGUAGGAGAUGCUCCAGUCAUAUCAGUAUGCAGAUCCUGGGAAACCUCACAGCCAACACUUUCCCUGAACUACAUCUUGUACACAAAGGGCUAUGGUGGGACCUGUCCAGCCUGUUCCAGGUGAGACAGAAGCAAGGAAGCACAGACAAAGCAGACCUUUGGCUGACCAACCCCUACCAUUUGCCUGUCAUUGUCACUAACGCCAGCCUGACACAGAAGUCAAAGGGAGUACUGAAGGUGGUGAACUUUAGCAGUCCAGUGACUGUUCCCCAGGGUUGCUGGCAUAUCCUGACCCUGCAGCUGCUCAACAGAGCCUUGCCCAUCAAACUGCUCUCCAUCCUCAGUCUGGACACCAGUCUUGGCACAACCCUAAACAUCCCCCUUCACUUGCACUCCAUCCUUCCCAAGGGGGAAGUGGUAUUUGAGGCCGAGGGAGUGUGUGGACGACCCUGCCCACUCAAAUUGUCUGAGGAAGGUCAUGCCCAAUGGCAGCGUUCUCUCCUCCCAGAUUUGUUCUCCUCCUCAUGGGUAACAGAUAAGAGACUAGCUGCUGAGCUCAGCUCACGAUGGGACAGCCACAAAGACCAACUGCCGUGCAGAUUGCCCAGACUUCUUGUGGAGACGGCAUCUCCCCUCGACUUUGGUGCUACACCUGUUAAUGAGAGCAAGGUAAAGCACUUCUCUCUGAAGAACCCUUCCACCUCUGUGGUUUCUGUGGAGAUCCGGGCCCUCUCCUUGUAUCCUACUGCACUGGAUGCUUUGGACCUCCUGACCAAAUGGUUUAAUAUCAGCCCUCUCUCCGUCAACAUCAGCACUACAGAGUUCACUCUGCUGGCUGCUGUCCCCAAGGCUGGAGAGAAUGUGGAGGUUGAUAGAGGACAAGGUGUUCUGCGCCUGCUGCUACAGCCUUGGGAGACCAGAGAGGUUGCUGUGGUCUUCACCCCCUCAGACCACAAACCCACCACUACCAUCCUCAUCAUCAGGAACAACCUGACUGUCUUUGACAUGGUGACUGUGCGGGGCCAUGGAGCCAAGGAACUACUUAGAGUGGGGGGCAAGCUCCCUGGCCCAGCAGCCUCUCUGCGCUUCAAUGUCCCUCAGGCUACUCUAAUGGAGUGUCGGGAUGGCCUACGAUCCAGCAAGCCACUGUUUGCUAUCCGAAAGAGUUUCAAGGUGGAGAAUGCGGGAGAGCUCCCGUUGACUGUCAUGUCAAUGAAUAUUAAUGGCUAUAAGUGUCAGGGCUUUGGCUUUGAGGUGCUGCAGUGUCGCCCCUUCAGCCUGGAUCACAACUCUUCCUCUGAGAUCACCAUUGCGUUUACCCCAGACUUCACUUCAUCCUGGGUAAUCCGGGACCUCACACUGGUGACUUCUCGUGGCUCCUCUUUCCCUUUCACCCUUAACGUAACACUGCCCCACCACAUGCUGCCCCUCUGUGCCCAGGUGGUGCCAGGCCCCAGCUGGGAGGAGACCUUCUGGGUGGCCACCCUCAUCUUCACCUGCUUCUCCUUGUUUGGUGUGUGUCUCAUGGCUUGCCACCAGGCCCAGUAUAUCCUCAAUGAGUUCUCCACCCCCAGCAUUAGGAGCAACCACAACUCUGUCCUGUCUCGAGACAAUGGCCCCGUCAACAACAUCACACCCAAUGGAGUUAGUAAACCGAAGGGCAGCUGUAAGAGCUAUGUGGACACCUUUCACACCACUGACAAAGGUAAAGGACGGGGCUCCCCAGCCUUAGCCAGCAACUCCACACCGCGCCCUCAGUCUUCCAAGAAAGGCCCCUCCAGUACCCCCUCCCAGCCACAGAAGAAGCACAGGGUUUCCCUGUACUAUACCAAAUACAAGUCCCACCCCUCUGUAGCAGCAACUGGUAUGAUGAUGACAGAGGAGGAACGUGAGGAGGUUACCCCCGAUCCUCCUUCCACUCCAGACCCAGAAAUCUGCAACAACAACAACAACGAGCCAGCUAUCAUCAGUCAGCAGGAUAAAAAGACAACAACGCACUUUAGGGAAGACCCCCAGAGAACCAUAGAGGAUAAGCAGCCAGCGGAAGUUAUGUUUCCCAUGGAAACACCUGCUGGUUUCCCAGACCAUGUCACUGUGGGUCCAGGACCCAGGGAAGGUCUGCCAUUAUGCAGCCCUGUAGAGCUUAACUUUACUGAGGGCUACAUCGAGAAGAGAGACUCAGAAAAAAGGAACAGUUCUGAACUAGAAGCCAGCGAAGACAUCAUAACACAGAAAAAGAAAGCGGAGAACACAGAAGCUGGCAUUCCAUUGGUGAAUAAUAAGGGAAGGAAGAACCGCAGGAAAUCUGCAGAAGUGGUAUCUUGUGCUCCUGAGCCCAGUGUGCUUGAGAUGCCUGAGAGGGAGAAAGAGCCUGAUCGGAGAGCAGGGGAACGCAACAUUAACGGUACCCGCACCAGGAACCGCUGCUCCAAUGGGAAAUCUGAAGCACCAAAAACAGGGCAAACUAUAGACAGCCCACUCAAACAGAAUGGUGUGUGUUUGGCCCAGGGUCGGCCCCGGCGAAAGUGUACUGCAGAGCGCCGUGGAGGCAGAGUGUGCGAGUCUGGUUCAGACUCGGGCAGCUCAUCAGGCAGUGUGAGGGCAAGCCGAGGGAGCUGGGGCAGCUGGAGCAGCACCAGCAGUGCGGAGGGUGACAAGGACCCAAGCGCCCGCACGCACCACAGUACUACCUCCUCUAGGAAAAGGGACUCCAUGCAGUACAAUGUCUACCCAGUAGAGAGAGACUGCUACCUGACAAUGAAUACUAACUACAAGGCUCAGAGCAUGAACAGCUUGUAUAGCAAAGACCACUGUCAAAACCCAGAUCCUCCAGUGCCCAGCUUUGCAUCAGUUACUGCUGGAGUGGACAGGAACAUGGACCUGGCAUGUCAAUACCUGCCUGAGGAGACGUGGUCAGCUCCUUCAGUCCCCCUCACCAAUGAGUUCCGGUACAACACCGCUGAUGCUCUGCCCUACUUACCUCAGCCUGCAACGCACAGGCCAUACAAUGGCUUCCUUUGGAAUAGUGCCAACAGCCAAUGCAAUGGUCCCUACACCUAUUCUGAGCAGGGGAACUACAUGACAGGUAAUGGCAACUUCCAGUGUAAUUUCCCAUGCCAGAAUAACCAGAAUGCUUACAGCCACCAGACCAGCUGGAGUGAGGAGAGUCCUCAAGAAACACCCUCUUCCUGGGACACAGCCGCCUGUGUGGGCAGCAAGCCAUACUUCCCUGGUACCCGCAGCCUGUCUCCCAUGUCCAGCCUUUUUGGUUCCAUCUGGACCCCCCAGAGCCAUUUCCAAGCCGAACGGUCGGCCCCGGUGUCCCCGGUGUCCCCCGUCGCACCGCCACACGCCCCCUUCAAUCGAGAGCCAGGGGGCUCCUGCAGACCUAUCCAGUACUCCAGCUUCAAUCCUUUUGGCCCCCACAUGAACCUGGACAUAUGGAACUCUUCCUCCAACCGAAGCUCUAACUCGCAGCUAUCCAACGACUCCGGCUUUUGUGGGGAUGUUUAAAAACACGACCUUCACAGAGAUUGCAAACAUAUAAAGCAAUGCUAAAUAAACGAAAGGAAGCAAAAUGAAUGUGCUUUUAUCAGUAAUGGGGCGAAAAUGUGAAUAUGCCUUUUCUUUUAUGUUCCCUUAUUUUCAAAUGUUAAAUGUUGUGAAAGGUUAUGCAUUUGUUGUAUAUUUUUCUAGCUGUUUUGCAGUUUUGAUCAAAGAAAAAUAAAAAAAAGGUUUUGUA